GGGGGCGCUGCGCGGAUCCGCUGAGGUGGGAGCGGUUGGCGGCGGCGGCGGCGGCUGGGAGGGAUGUGGCGGUGGGAGCAGCCGCCGGCGGGGUCCGGCUCGCCGGGCUGCCCCGACCUGCUGCGGCACGUAGACGGUCCGCGCUCGCCGCUCUCCCCGCUGUACCUCAGCUUCUUCGAGGAGGAGUGCCGCACCAUCGCCACCCGCCUGCGCCUCGGCGCCGCCGUUGCGGCCGAGCCCUCGCCGGUCCCGGGGGAGGGCAGCGCCCUGUGGCCCGACGCCGCCGGGCCCGUCACCUCCACGCCGCUGCGCACCUCGCCGCCCCUCGACGAGGGGGCCCCGGACAGCGCGACGCCCGCCGCCCGCCCGAGCACGGGUGGCUCCGAGGCCGCCGCCGCCCCGGGCCCGGCCCGCGGGGAGCCCCGGCGCCUCCCGCAGCCCGCUGCCGGCGGUGGCCCCGGCGCAGCGCGGCCCGGCUCCAGCCUCGCCCGCCCGCAGGCCCUGUCCCGUAAGGCAGCACGGCGCGGUGCCGGGCAGCCCCCCUGCGGCGGGCCGGGCCCCGCGGGCCGCCCCCGCACUCCUGCCCGGUCCCCGGGCCGUGGCGGCGGGAGGCUGUCUGUCUCCCGGGCACGGGCCUCUCUGGGUCUGCAGCUCCCUAAGGCCAGCAAGGAGCUCGGUGGCCCGGGAACAAGGCUCCCCCAGCCCUCAGGUACCAAGCUGAAGCUGAUGCCGGCUGCCAAGUCCAGGCUUCAGCAUCCCCGUGGGGCCUUGCAGCUGACACAACCUUCUGCCGUUCCCAAACCCACCCCCCGGGACACUGAGAUGGAAACUGCUGUCAAGGUUGGGGGUCGCAGACAGCCCUCCCGGAGGCUCUCUACAGCAAUUCCUAUUGUGGCUUCUCGCUCCCGACUGCAGCUGCUGGGAAAAGUGGCUUCCCCCAAGUGCUUUUGCCUCGGUAAGGGAUCGACUACGCAGGAGCUGAUAUGCAAUAGGACCCGAGAGCUGAAGGAAGACGGUGAGAGCAAAGAGUGGCUGGUUGCAGCAGGGACUGUCUUGGGAGUAGGUAAGGCUGACCAGACGUGGGUGUGUGUGGAGUCCUCUUUUUCCAGUGAGUUGGCCCCUGGCCCGACUCCAGGGUGUGGGAAUGCAGUCCCUGCUGAGCAGUCUGCAGGUGAUCAGUUGUCCCAGGAGCUGAAGCAUGUAAAGAAUGAACUGGAGCGAGUGAAGGGCGAGCUUGCUGACAAGACUGCCCAGUGUGAAGCCUAUCGCCAGAUGAUCUGCUCCUUGCAGGCUCAGCUCAGAGCAGCAGGAAUCUGUCUGGAAGAUGCAGCAGUGGAGAGUGGUGACUCGGGGAGACACUGACGGCUGGCACAUGGGGACAGACUCACAACAGCAACUUGUCUGGCCACCUAAGGUGCUGGGCCAGUGCUAUUUGUGCAGCUCUUGAAUUAAUGAAUUUUUUAACUCCUUGUAUUUAAAAUAAAGGUGUCUUUUCCCAGUGA